AUGCAGCCGGAACAUCCAGUCUCACCACCGUGGCGCUUUUUGGUACAUGGAGACCCAGGCCCGCAGUGCAUUUGCACCAGUAAAGGAUCGACCACGACACCCAAGGCACUGGUAAUAAGCAGAUUUUCAAAGAUUGCACAAAAUUCGGUAAGACUUAUCCUGCACUCGAUCGAUUUGGGCAGGGUCUGUAGUACACUCUCCAGUCGGCUCCAAAACAAUCUCAAGUGCCAGCUAUUUACACGGCUAGAUAAAAUGCCGAUAAAAAUCGUAAUCCUCGUCCUCCAGGAAAGAAAGUCUGGGGAUACAGGAUUCACGAAAAUCUCCGUACCACUUCAUCCUGCCGAUGUGAACCCCUACAUCCCCGACCUCCUCAGAACUCAUCCAGGGUCUGGCUUCAUUGGAGACAACCUAAACUCCUAUCGUCGCCAGCCCCAACCCGACCCAACACUCAGUCCGCGCUGUUCUCCCUCUCCUUCCCCCCAUGUGGCUGAUUCCAAUGCUUUCCUCUCCACCGCUCGCCACGUACCAGUGGAAUCCAUUCUCAAUCCAUCGACCGCGAAGGCACAAGAUCCCGAAUCUCGCACUCACCCAUUUCCACCCACACCUCCCGCACCUCCUGUGUGCAUCCGCUGUCGCGAUCCAAUCAUGGACCACUACCUCUUUCGAAUCCGUGGUCAGGCUUGGCAUGAGGCGUGUGCCGUCUGUUCCGUUUGUAGCGUCAAACUUUCGGAUGUAUGCUUUGUACAUGAAGGCCAACUGUUCUGUCGCAAAGACUAUGACCGUUUCAACAACGUAGUUUUAUCUCAGCCUCCUGCGGGUUGCAUGACGUCCAUGUGUCAAAAGACUGCCACAGAUGAACAAUCUUGA